AUGAAAGGAGGCAGAUCGAAGACCGAAACAAAGAAAGCUGAUAGCAAGCUCUCUGUGAAGAAAAGAGGUGCCGCUGCGGGAAGCAAACAAACGACGAAGAAGGCGAAGCCGGCUAAGGAUCCUAAUAAGCCAAAGAGGCCUGCUAGUGCCUUUUUUGUUUUCAUGGAGGAGUUCAGGAAGCAGUUCAAAGAAAAGCAUCCUAAUAACAAAUCUGUCUCCGUCGUCGGUAAAGCUGGCGGGGACAAGUGGAAAUCAAUGUCAGAAGCUGAGAAAGCUCCUUAUGCAGCAAAGGCAGAGAAAAGGAAGGCCGAGUAUGAGAAGAACAUGCGGGCUUACAACAAGAAAAUUGCUGAUGGAGGAAACGCAUCUGGUGAGGACGAAUCUGAAAAGUCAAGGUCUGAAGUGAACGAUGAUGAUGAUGAGGAUGAUGAGGAGGGCAGUGGAGAGGAAGAGGAUGAUGACGAGUAA